GCGUGCGGCGGCGCCUGGCCUCCCGCUGUGUCGGUGCAUUACGUCGCGAGCGGGCCGCGGGUUUGCGCUUUCUCGGCCUAUGAUACGCAGCGUGACCUCGAGGGAAAAGUGGGAACCGCGCCCAGCCCGGACGGACCAGGGCAAGAGCCGUCGCAUUCCUACCUUGCGCCUGUGGGGAUGAGAAGGGGCAAGACUCGAACUGUGCACCAGCUUGGGAACGUCUCCCAUCCGAUUUGGGUCUGUUUCUCGGGGCGAGGGCUUAUCGGCCGUCGUUAUCGGUCUUUGGCUUGCCGCAUCGCUCCGUCUGCAUCUGCAUCGUCCCAGACGGUUUUUGGCAGCGACUGGUCGAACCGCCAACGGCCGCCAUCAUGCCGCCCGCCGAUAGCGACGCGGGCGCCACCCAGGCUGGGAGCAACUCCAGCGACUUUGUGCGCAAAUUGUACAAGAUGCUGGAGGACCCUUCGUACAACUCGGUAGUACGAUGGAGCCCCGACGGCGACAGCUUUGUGGUCUUGGAGAACGAGAAGUUCACCAAAACCAUCCUCCCCAAACACUUCAAGCACAGCAAUUUCGCGAGUUUUGUGCGCCAAUUGAACAAGUACGACUUCCAUAAAGUGAGGCACAAUGAGGAGAAUGGCGAAUCGCCAUAUGGGCGAGAUGCAUGGGAGUUCCGGCAUCCUGAGUUCCGCGCGGACAGGAAAGAUAAUCUCGACAACAUCCGAAGGAAGGCACCGGCCCCCAGGAAACCCCCGCCCGCCGAGGAUGCGUUCCCAGCAUCGCAGCAGAUUAUCGUGCUAAGCGAGUCGCUCACGGCGACUCAACAUCAAAUCCAAGCUUUGCAAGAACAGUACUAUGAGCUCGAGAAGACGAACAGGCUGCUCGUCAGUGAGGUUCUGAGCCUGCAAAAGAUGGUCAGGGCGCAGAGCCAGGCAUCCAACGAGCUCAUCACCUAUUUGAACAACAUGGAGGAUCAGCGGCGCCACAGUCGCCAUUCGGCGCAGUCCAGCCAUUCCGGUCAGACAGGCGGUCAGUCGGGCGGUCAGAACUUCCACGCGGGCGGGAUGGGGUUCUUGCCGGACGGAGCGGACGAACCGGCGCCCGAGCUCCGACGAGCCCGGGAGAUCCUCAACGGCGUGUCUCCGGAUGUGCAGGCGGACAGAGAGCUCGAGAGGCUAUCCAUGGCAUACAACCAGAACGGAUCCCCGGCUGAUUCGGCGGGCUCGUCCGUCAUGUUCCAGCAGCCCGGCCCUGGAGGGAUGCAGCUGGUUCACGACCCGCUGAACGACCCGCGCCACCUGGUGUAUCCCGUGGGACAGACGACGGGCAUCGACCCCUUCCACGCUGACCACAUCCACAACAUUCCGUACAGCCGGCCCCUGAGCAAUCCCACUAUACAGACUGAGGCUCCGUCACAGAUCACCCCGCCGCUAAAGGAACAGUUCGGUUCUCUGUGGCGAGGCAAGAAGCCGCACAUCUUACUCGUCGAGGACGAUAAGACGUGCGCGAGGAUAGGGUCGAAGUUCCUGACCAUGAUGGAUUGUAGCGUUGACACUGCUCGUGACGGUCUCGAGGCCGUCGAAAAGGUCAACCGAGACGCCGAAAGGUUUGAUCUCAUCUUCAUGGACAUCAUCAUGCCCAACCUGGACGGUGUGUCUGCGACGGCGAUGAUUCGAAUGGUCGCCCCUCAAGUCCCCGUGGUUGCCAUGACAUCGAACAUUCGACAGGAGGACAUCCAAACCUAUUUCCAAUUUGGUAAGCACUCCUUUCUCCCGCCAGCCGGUUACCUCGUUGUCCCGAAUCCCAUCUAAACGUCCCCCAGGCAUGAACGACGUCUUGGCGAAACCCUUCACCCGCGACGGCAUGAUCCGUAUCCUCCGAAAGCACCUGACGCGCAUGCUAAAGGAUCCGCAAUCAGCCGGUCUCGUCGGAGACGACAUGGCCGGGGCAGUGGCGGGCGCCGGACCUGGUCCGCCGGCUUCCAACCAAGGCUACGGCCCAGCCAGCAUGGCGAUGGGCAACAUGGCCGGCAACCCGCAGGUGAAGUUCGAGCACACGCCGAUCCAGUCGCCCUCGACCGCCUCGUCGUGGCACUCCCCGGGGCAGAUGCACCAAACGUCGCCCAACCUGGAUGGCGGCGGGUACAUGAGCGCCGUCGGCAGCGGGCCGAGCGGGAUGGUGCUCACGCCCGGCGCCGCCCAACGCCCGCCUCCGCCGCCACAGCAGCCGCAG